UGGGCAGGUAGGGAGGCGAGGUGAGGAAGGGGCAGGGAGGAGCUGGAGAGGGGGCGAUCCUGCUGGCCUGUGGACCACCAUACCAGAAGGCUUCGGGUGGGAGGCUCCAGGUGACUCCAGAGAGCUCGCAGUGAUAGACCAUCGAGAGAACAACAGCUCUCUCCUCACCCGUCCCGACAAUGUAUACUGUGAACCGGAAGAGACUGCAGAAGCUAACGGACUCCAUGAGCAAAACCUCCAAGCAUUUUAACAGAUAUGAAAUAGAGUGCCUCAUAAAACUUUUUCAUACCUUGCUGGGAGAAACACUUGAGAAACAAGGUAUCACGGGACUAGAUCGUAAUGCAUUUCGAAACAUACUGCAUACUACAUUUGGAAUGACUGAUGACAUGAUUAUGGACAGGGUAUUUCGUGCUUUUGACAAAGACAAUGACGGAUUUGUGAAUGUAACAGAAUGGGUUUCAGGAUUAUGUGUGUUCCUUCGAGGGAGUUUGGAAGAAAAAAUGAAAUAUUGUUUUGAAGUUUACGAUUUGAAUGGUGAUGGUUUCAUUUCACGAGAGGAAAUGUUUCACAUGCUGAUAAGAAACAGCCUUCCUCAAGCAUACCCAAGUGGCAAGAAGAGCGCCUCCAUCAGUUGGGAUCAUGACCAUGAUGGGAAGCUAUCCUUUGCAGACUAUGAAACAUCUGUUAGAGAAGAAGCUCUUUUGAUGGAAGCAUUUGGUCCAUGUUUACCAGAUUUUAAGCUUCUGAAGAACCUUUUCAGUCCUAGAAAGAAAGUACUCAAAGGAACUGUGAGCCACCAAAGUGGAACUAGGUGCACAUAUAUAAUAAGCAGCAGGAGGAAAGAUAAUGCAAACAGUUUUGCUCAGAUGCAAAUACUGGCAAGGUGGAUAGAGUGCUGGACUUGGAAUAAGGAAGACCUGUGUUCAAAUCCUGCUACUUAAUAGCUGUGUGGCCUGGGGCAAGGCAUUUAACUUCUGAUUGGUUACUCCCUAGGACUUAUCUACCAGAUCAUAGAUAGGUUGCUUCCUGGAGAGAAUUCCCAUACUGGGAGUUCCCCAGCUGAUGAAAUCACAGAUCAUUUGCCUACUGGUACAUUCUUCGUCUAUAUUAUGCAUCAUCAUCAUCAUAAAAAAUCAAUUGUGUAUGAAUAAUGAAAUUAUAAAACUAACAGUUGUAAAAGA